GUUGAACAUAACGCUCGCGCAUACACACGCAAAAACAACGGGAAGCAGAGCGAAGGCACAAUUUGUGGUGUCCCGCUUGUCUUUGGGUCGACAUUCGCCAGGCGGAACUUUACUUCCACGGUCCGUGCCGCUCUAAAAAGUUCUGCCGCGCUGCGAAGAAUGCUGCCCCGGGUUCUAAGGGAAGAGUGCUAAACUCCCUUUGGCAUCUGCGGGCUUAACCACGGGAGUUGCGCAUCUUUCCAGGACAGUGUUUGUGGUGUAUCGGUACGCGCGCGCGCGCCUUUUUGUAUGGAAAUGUGCGUUAAUUUGUGUGUCCUCCUCAAGUGAAAUUCGUCUAGUGUGUGAAACUCUUGAGCAAUAAAUGCAGAAACAGUAAAAGACUCUCCGAAAAUGUCCGUAAAGAGGCUUUAACUCCCGUCCCUUUACGCUACCACCUAAAGGGGCGUUCGAAAUGGUGUAGCGCGCGCGUGUGUGUGGUGUAUGUAUGGUGUAUGUGCAGCAAUGUGUGAGUGAGUGUGUGCAUUCGUCCGUUUCGUAUGCAACGGGGAAAGCGUAACAACAUCGCAGCUGGCGUGGAAGAAGAAAAGGGAAAGAGAUAGGCCAGCGAAGAAAGAAGCAGGCAAAAAGAAACGUUAGGGCGCUGCGUUUUCCCACCACACACACACAGAGGGGGGUGCAAGCGCAUUUGUCCAAAAAGGGCGCCUUUCUUCAGCAAGCAUCCUGUCCGUGAGUCGGAUGGAAGAAGUUCAGCAGCAGCAGCAGUCGGCGUUGCGGCCAUCCUUUCCCCCGGUGGCGGCGGUGAAAUGGGUGCAAGAUCUCGGACCAUCGGCAGCGGACGGGCUGCCGCCCGACGGUGGGCAAUCGUUCGGCCAGGAUAGUGGCUACACGUCCUACCAGGCCACCACGCCGAACAACACGUUUAACCUGUCCUCGCGCCACGGCAUCUCGUCCGUAACGCUGGCCACGAUCGACGAGGCCGGCGAGCACGACUGCAGCAUGAACGAUACGGGCGGCGGCAGUCCGACGGGUGCGAUCAACCUCACGCCCAAGACGGCCGCCAGCAUGGUGCUGCUGUCGAACAUUCAUAUAAACACGCCAAAAAGCACGGACCGGGCGAAGCGCAUCCGGCGACCGAUCGCGUUUGAUUACGACGGGUCUGGCGGCAGCUGCUCGUCCUCCUUUCUUGCACCGUCCACCCCGGAACGGCUGCCCGGGCUGUCUCGCUCCGUUUCGUUCGAGCUGCCGGAAACGCCGCUCCGCACCGGGAACCGCUCCGCCAGCCAGCCGAGCAGCCAGCUCACGCCGCACAAAGCGCGGGGCGGCUCGCUUAAGCGCAAACACUCCACCUUCCGCGAGAAGCUCUACUCCGAUGGGGACGGCGUGGCGCUGCCGGCGGACGAGAACGAUCCGCGCGAUCUGAACGACUCGCUCGAUGCGGACUGCCGCCGGCUGGAGGACAUCUCGCCCAUCCUCAACGUGAAGCGCCGCAAGCACCAGGACCGCGGCAUCGAGGAUCUGAUGCGCUCCAGCACGCCGAAAACGGCCAGCUCGCAGCCAACGUUUCUGCAGGUGGGGGCGGCCGCAGGGCGCAACCCGCCCCUCGGCGCGAAGCGAACGUUCCGCAAGUUUCAAAGCUUCAGCCCGAGCAAAAUGCAGCCGAACGCAACACGGCCACUGCUGCGGCAAAAUGCGAUCCGCGCGCUCGAACACACGCCGGAAAAGCGGAAGGAGCAGCGCGUGCUCGCAGAAAUCCAUCCCCAGCCGGCGAUGGCGGACGCCGUGCUGCCACCGCUCGAUCUGGCCGCCCUGCUCGACGCACCGAUACUGGGCGAGCCGUCGCGGCAACUGGAGCAAACCGUCACCACCGUACCCUCGUUGGAUGACUUCAGCCUGACGCCGUCCAAGGCGAACCUGAUCGACCUGGAACUGAUGGCACCGGCCGCCGAUGGUCCGUUCGCGACCGACGACUACCUGGUGCGGCACGCGUCCAACUUUUCCUACGCACCGACCCUCAACUCCAUCCUGGAGGAAUCGCCGAUCAAGGCGGCGGCGGCCUUCCUGCCCGGCAAGCUGCCGCUACCGAAAACGCCACCCUCGGUGACCAAGUCCGGCCGCAAGCUAAAACGGCUCGGCACGAACGGCGGAUCAGCGUCCUCGUGCGCAUCCAGCCCUGCCCGGAGCGUGCGCUCGCUUUCCUCGCGCCACAGCGCACGUGCUUCGGUUUCGCCGAAGGCGACGCGCCGCCUGCACGGUGCCCAACCGCACAACUGUCGCCUGAAAACGGCCCAACCGUACAGCUUCUGUGGCUGCGAGUACAUUAACAUACUGCACCAGCUGAGCAUGCGCAAUCCGGACGCGCUCGAGACGCUGCUCGACUACCUGGCCGAUACGGACCUGGUGCAGGUGGUGCGCGUGUCCCGCGGCUGGAAAGCGAUCAUCCAGAACCACAAGAAGAGCUGGAGGCGGCUGCAGCGCUUCCUCAAGCAGCAGGAGGAACACAAGGAAAACUGUCAUGGCAGUCGGUGGGAGAAUGGGUCGUUCGCGUCAAGCCUGAACGGCGGCAGUUCCCAGCUGGGCACCGCACUGCCCGAGCUGCUAAGCGGAACUUUUGGCAAGGAUAGCAAUGCAGGAGACGGGCUGGGAACGGUGGAGGAUGCUGCUGCCGUGCCGGUACUGCCGCCCGUUCCGGCCGCUGACGCGAACGCAGCGCCAAAGCGGCUACCGUUUAAGGUGUGCAACUCGCUCGAUAACAGUCAGGCGAGCGCGGGCAACGCAUCGUUUGCGCAUGGUUCGUUUGCGAACGUUUCCGGGCUGGAGCUGAGCCGCCGGCGGUCGUCCUUCGCGGCGCGUGCAUCGACCAGUGUUGCCGCGCAGUCGCCACCGGUUAGCCCCUCGAUGCGCAAGUUUGUCACAAACCAGAAGAUUGCAUCCCAUCUGAAACAAUCGGAACAGCUGCGACCCUGUCCACGGUGCGAGCAGCCGAGCCGUAUCAUCCUCUCGCGGGCCUCCAAGUCCAGCAAAUCUCGCUCCUCCGCCCGGUUCAGUGCGGUCGGGGCACGGCUAGAAAAGUCCUACACGUUACCUGAUCCGGAGACAGUCACUGCUUCGGGGCACCGUUCCAGCGGCAGUAACAAUACUCAUUCCUCCACUAUCGAAACAGUACGAUCGUCGAACCUUUCCACCGAUACCAUCACCACCACACACCGUAACAACAACCAUUAUGGUGAACCAUCGCCGGAACGGGUACGCAAGAACCUGUUCAACAGUAGCAGCACCAGCAGCAGCACAACACCCGCAAACACCAGCAGCAGCUGCAACGAACAGCGCAUGAAGUUGCGCAGCAGUGGGGCCACCAAGAGCCUGGACUGCUCGUCCACAGCCGCGAUGCAUCCGGCUGGCGGGGAGGAUACGCUCGGUGUGCGUGACUCCAAGUGCGACUAUGCCAUCUGUAGCGGCGCGUUCUGUGGGUUCCGGUUCUGCAUCAAGUGUCUGUGCGAGUAUCAUCCGGACAGGGUGUGCGCUGAUUUGGCCGCGAACUCGCCCACCAAAGAGGAGGAGCGCGGACGGCCGAAUAUGGCCUGCAGCCGGCAGAGUCGUCGCUCACUGCAGCGUCUCUGCCGGAAGCUGUAGAUGAGGAGAAGGAGGAGGAAGAGCGUUGAAGUUGAAGCCCAGUUCUCAAGCGCGUGUGACUCCUUGAGGGAGAAGAGGAGGACGAUUUCAUUCCGAACAGUUCGUUCCGCGAAUCUCUAGCCAGUACGUUUUAAUGUGUCUUUAUUUCUUUAGUUCGUUGUAUUUUGUACUUUGCGCUACUUACUUCACAUAUCUAUUCACUUCUCUUUUACACGGGCGCGUAUUGUCCAAUUGUGUUCUUUCCUUUCCUUUCUUUUGUGUGUGGGCGCCGCACCUCGAAGCUUUACACACGGAUUAGUAGCGAUGGGGGCCGGCGGAGCUUAGAGCGCAGCUGCAGUAAUUUAUGUGUUUUCUCUUCUUUAUUCGUUACAAACAGUAGGUUUUUACAAUCAUGUUCAUGUUUAGUCGGUAAGCACCAAAACCAAGACCCCAGAAAUAAGCAAUUCAAAAGUAGCGGUAAAGGAAGUUAUUAACAGUGCACGGGCCGAUCAUAUUAUGUAGCAACUCGUUAUCGGAAAGGUGACCACAGGAUCAUGUAUAUGGCCAUUUCGUUGGCAACACGAGUGUAAACGGAGAUUUUUUUGAACGAACAUGACGAUUAUUUUAAGUAUUAUACACACGCGCACACUCUCACACACACACGCCCAUGACCCAUGUAUCCUGAAUCUUUGUCGAAUCUUCCCUGCUUAAGCCCCUGCUGAAAGGGACACUGAAAGGGGGACGUAACUGCAACCUAGUGAAUGCUCAAAGGCUAUCAAAAGACACUGAUUGUUUAAACUUUGCUUAAGACACUCGAAUGUUGCACACACACACACACACUCACGCACAAAAGAAAAAUGAACCCAGGAAAGGAAGCUCAAAAACACCUUUAUUACACUUGCCCAUCGUGGACCGGAAAGUGACGCUUUAUUAUUAGUUUCUUAGCUUAAAAAAAAUCCCUCAAUUCCCCAGUUUAGGCACGAAGCUUUUUUUCCUCUCUCUCUAUCCAAAUAAGAUUAAAAUCCUCUAUGUGUGUGUGUGUGUUUAUGUUUUUGUUUUAUUAUUUAACUCUUUUGAAAAGGACUGAAUUUCGUAUCAGGGAAUAGUAGCAGUAGUUUGCAAACGGGUAAUACCAGCUGCUAGCGUGACAGGCAGGUGUUUCGAAUGAUAGCGCUAUCUGCGCAAAAGGGUGGUGCGCGAGUGUGCUGCCCCAUGACUGCAUGUAAUCUUACAAUUUAAGCUAGUAGAACACAUCACCCAUUUCAUACACUAGCCACAGAUAGGAAAGGAUGUUAAUGCGAUAAGUUUUUGAUAAACGUCUUUUUUUAAAUAUAUAUAAAUAAAGGUUCUUGUUGAAAAGCAACACAAAAGA